GAGGAGAAAGCGUCCAUGUCUCUGAUCGAGCGCCUGGAUGAAGUUGCAAGCAGGGAAUUACAUAAAAAUGAAUUCAAAAAUGUUACACUGGUUCUACGUGCACUUGAACAAGUCAUAUCCAAAGAUGAAGACUGCACCAUCCAACUUGUCCAUCAGGGUUUAGUGGUAAAGAUGCUGAAUUGGUUUGAGAUGGUUUGUGAGCAUCUGAAGGUGCAGCAGAAGCCCAGCAAGGCUCCAGUUCGGCUAACGGAAGUGUUCUAUGAAGUGUCAAUGAGACUUUGUCAGUGCAACACUAAAGGUAGCAGUAAGAUUUUGGAAGUUCUUCUCCUGAGGUUUGGAGCAGUUGUCAUUGACCAAGAAUUGAACUUCAAUCUGCGUCUCGAGGCCAUUAAGACCAUAAACUCAUUGUUGGACAGUUCUACAAAGGAGACUCGGAAAAAGCUGUCCCAGUCUGAUCAUAACUCUUUGUUAGAGGAGUUUGCUAAGGUCAUUACUGAUGUGGGUGAUUAUGAAAUGCAGGUGGCUAUUUCUGAGGCACUCUGUCGAAUGACGCCAAAGAAACUAAGGGAGGAACUGGUUGGUAAAUGGUUUAGCCACAGAAGCUUUGCAUCAAGCUUCACAACAAUAAGAGUCAAAGAGUUUGAAACAGACUGUAGGAUUUUUCUGAAUAAACUCAACAGCUAUUUUGGGGAUGAAAGAAGGGUGUUUUCAUAUCCAUGCAUAAGGGCCUUUCUGGAUACCACUGAGUUGUUUAAGCCUAAUGAUGAACUCCUGCAGAAUUUCUGGGUGGACUUCAACAUCGGGACAUCCUGCGUUGGCUUCUAUGUAAAUGACCCACAGGGAACACUGUGGGAACUUAUUCAUCUUCCCAAAGAAGGCGUCAGUUCGUACAAUCUACGUGAAUGUGAUGAUAUGAAGAUUCUGAACAUCCACAUGUUGGUUCCUGUCUUUCAUGGGAAAAUCAGUGGCAAGUUGGUUCAGAUCACCUUUGCUUCUGAACAUGACAUUCAGACUCCUGUAGAGAAAGUCUUUGGAGAAGAUCCACAGCUGCUGGAGGAAUCAAAGCGAGCCACAGUAAUUGAAGAUGACUCAGGGAUUCAAACUACUCCAUCUGACUGCAUGCAGACAUUAACCAGUACUCCUGCUAAAGAGACUACAGGAAGACCACAAGUUACUUUUUUUCUUCAGAGUGGACCGGGGAAGCUGUCAUCAGUCAAAGCAAGAAUAUUUCCAGGGAAUGACCGUUUUAAUCUGACCAAUGAGUCGGAUACAGAGGUAAGUUAGCUACAGCGCAUGUACAGGCUAAUCACAACACAAGUGGCACGGGCCAAAACGGUCAUGUUUGGUCAGUCUCAUUCCUCUAAUGGGUCUGCUAGCUCUGUUAGGUCACUUCCAGUCUUAGGGGAAUUAAGAAAAUCCACAGAAAAGAGAAAACUAAAGGAGUUCUACUCAGAGAGUGAAACCUGUGAAUCCUUCCCUAGAAUCAACCCUAAAUUUGACUACUCCAGGAAAAAGCCACGAAUUAAGAGUAAACUCAAAGUUCUGCCACUUUCUUCACCCAGUAGCAAUGAAGAGUCAUACUUUAAGGAAUCGACACCUAAACACAGACUGAAAAUGCAGAGGGGAAAAGAAGAGGAAGAACGGCGGACACUGGACCGCUCACAUCUAUAUCAGGAGUCCAUUACAAAUUCAAGCUUUCAAGACAAAACGUAUGAGUACACUGUUUUCUCAGAUGUAGACCCUGAUGUGUCUAUGGAGGAGAACAGUUCAGACAAAGAACCACCAUCGCCUCCUAGAAAAAGAGCACCAACAUUUACAGCACUGAAUAAUACUUAUGACAUGACUGAUGGACAUCCUGAAAGUGAGGAUCAGCACUCGUUGCCUAAACUCAGGCCCAGAAGACUGUUUACUUCCAACUUAGAUAGUACUGCAGAAACAAGCCAAGCUCUAAUGGAGGAUGAAGAUGUUGAGAGUGGGAUGAGUUCAGGUGUAAUGGCUGCAUUUAAUUCCUUAAAAACUCAGCUGAGAGAACACUUCUCUUCCAGGUAUGAAUUGGCGGAAGCAAAAUCACUGAAAUCUUUAACUGACUGCCAAAAAACUGUAAUCUCUCUACUAAGAACAGUGCACAAUCAACGGCUUGUCCAUUUGGAACACUUUCAGGAUGCUGUAGUGCAGCAGUUGGAGCAUAUGGAGAGGAACUGUUAUUCCCUAAAGAGCAUUGAGAAGGAAACUGUGGGAUUUUGGCAGUCAGUGUCUGAUUCAGUAAAGGAUUUCUGCAAUAAACAGCAAAAAAGGUUGGAUUCUUUAGAUAUUACACAAGAAAGUGACAAGGCACCACAUAUCCAAACUGAAGGCACAGAAGCAACAACUAGCAAGUUCUCAGAUCUUCAUACUUUACCCAAUGCAGUACCAGCUAAUGUGGAGACUAAAGAUAAUCAAAAACAGCCAGAUUAAAUUUUUACUUGGAAUUAACACAGCAGUAUUAAAAAUUACCUUUGCAAGAAAUGUAU